CUAGCGGAGAGGCCGGAGGGGGAGGAGCAGGCAGCGGUAGAACGUGGGGUGAACGUUGCAUUGCGCGGUGUGGAGCUCAAGCUGAACUAGGAGAUCGGGUCGACCCUGUGCGGAGAAGAGUACCCGCCGCAGGGUUCAUUGAAAAAUCCUUAGUGAUAUUGACAUGUUUCAAGUGACAUAAAUUAGCCAAUGACUCGGAAUGAUGGAUUCCCCGAAGACUGGAAAUGGUUUGCCAGUGAUUGGACCAGGGACUGAUAUAGGGGUAUCAUCACUCCACAUGGUGGGGUAUUUGGGAAAAAAUUACGAUUCUGCUAACAUCCCGUCAGAUGGGUAUUGCCCUGCUUGUAGAGAGAAGGGAAAGUUAAAAGCCUUAAAGACUUACCGAAUUAGUUUUCAAGAAUCGAUCUGUUUGUGUGAGGAUCUGCAGUGCAUUUAUCCUUUGGGCUCUAAAUCACUUAAUAACUUAAUUUCUCCUGAUUGGGAAGAUCAUCACACCCCAAAUAGGCCUCAAAAAAGAAAGCUCUUGGAAACAAACUGUAAAGAUUCACCUCCUUUAGCAGAUUCCAAGAAGAUUAAAGAUCAUUGUGUUCUUGGUGGUGAAUGCGUUUCGAACAGCAAACAUAAUAGAGAAACACAUGAUGAAACCCCGUCAGUCUUGCCUGACUCACUGCCCAGUGGGUCCCAGAAUCCGGUUAAGACCGGCGAGUCCUUGGAGCAGGAUGAGAUUUUGGAAGCUGCUGUCGUUGACAUGGCUGCUGAAGAAGAUGCUACUACCAUUGAUGUUUCUGGAACUGGGGAGCCUGCCCCUCAAAAUGAAGGAGGCACGUCUGAAGUGGAUAUGCCAUUGGAGAGCACAUGCACACCAUCGAGCCAGACUUCAUGUGUUCAGUGGAAAAACACUUACGCUCUCUGUUGGUUAGACUGUAUCUUGUUGGCGCUGGUGCACCUGGAAGUGGUCAAAAAGGCCGUGAUGACGGACCUGUGCUCCAAGGAGGCAUCUGUGUUCUGGCAGUUGUUUACGAAGUACAAUCAAGCCAGUGUGCUGCACACCAGUCAGUGGGAUGGAGUUCAAGAUGGAGAUUGUAAAAAAAAUUCUUCAGAAAUAUUUGCAAAGAUAGAGACCUGUCUGAAUGAAGUCAGAGAUGAAAUCUUUAUUAGACUUCAGCCUCAGCUUAGAUGCACGUUAGGUGAUAUGGAAAGCCCUGUGUUUGCAUUUCCCCUGCUCUUAAAAAUAGAGCCCUGCAUUGAAAAGCUCUUCACGUACUCUUUUUCUUGGAACUUUGAAUGUUCACAGUGUGGGUACAAGUAUCAAAACAGGUGUAUGAAGAAUCUGGUCACCUUUACAAAUGUCAUUCCUGAGUGGCACCCACUUAAUGCUGCCCAUUUUGGUCCAUGCAACAAUUGCAACAAUAAGUCACAGAUAAGAAAAAUGGUAUUGGAAAAAGUAUCUCCCGUGUUCAUGUUGCACUUUGUAGAGGGCUUGCCACGGAACGACUUGCAGCCCUACUCAUUUCCUUUUGAAGGCUGUCUUUACCAAAUAACUUCUGUAAUUCAGUACCACGCAAAUAAUCAUUUUAUAACAUGGAUUUUAGAUGCUGAUGGAAGUUGGCUGGAAUGUGAUGACUUGAAAGGCCCAUGUUCCGAAAGGCGUGAGAAAUUUGAAGUUCCUGCGUCAGAGAUACAUAUUGUUAUUUGGGAACGAAAAAUAUCCCAAAUGACAGAUAAAGCAUCUGCCUGUCUUCCACUUCAAAAGACUAAUGAUCAACAUGCUUUCGGGGAUGUGGAACAGGUACCUCCAGCAUUAUGUUCUGUGGGUAAUGCUGCCUCCGCUGAAACGACCUCAGGAAGUCAGCCCACAAAUGUGGCAGUUGCUCCUAAUACUCUUUCCCAGGAUGAAGCUGCAGCUCGUGGACACUGUUUCCUUUCAGGUCCGAAAGGUUUGGUUGACAGUAAUAUUUUACCUUUGACACUUGAAGCAAUACAGUUUAGCUCUGAAGGUUUCCUAUUAGGAAAUACACCUGUGGCAAAAACUGGAGUUGUCAGCAGAACAAACACUUUGCAACCACAAGAGUCGCUAAUGGCUUCUUCACUGUCAGCUCCAUGUAAGGAGAAGCCCACCCAAGACCAGUCUAUAGAUUUACGCUUUCCGUCUCAGAUUGCAGCUACCAAAAUGCAUUCAGUACAGCCAAAUACAGAAAACACCGUACUCACUAAACCUGUGACUGAGGCUCAGGCUGCGGGGCCCCUACAGGGAGUAAAGUCGCUAGAAACUGAGGGCACAGAUGCCCUAGAGAAGGACGCUCCCUUAAAACAAUUCCUUUCACCAAAAACUGAGAAAUUAAAACCAGACCAACAGGUCACAUCUCAGGUGUGUCAUUUGAAGAAAAGAGAAACUGCAGCAUUUUCUCAGACCGUAACAGCUAAGUCCUUACAGAAUCCAUCUCUGAAAGAAAAUCAGAAGAAGCCAUUUGUGGGAAGCUGGGUUAAAGGCUUACUGAGCAAGGGUGCUUUCUUUAUGCCACCGUGUGUUUCAGCUCAUAAUAGAAACGCUGUCACUGAUUUGCAGCCCUCAGUUAAGGGGGCAAGUAAUUUUGGUGGCUUUAAAACCAAAGGUAAACACCAGAAGACUAACCGGGCAUCCAGGAAAGCUCGGAGGUGUGCGAGUCAGCCCCCAGCAGCCAGUGCCCCGUUAGCAAGUCAGCCGCCAUCAGGGAGCGCGGCUUCUGUGCACGCCGAUGUCCCUGCUGACCUGCACGGUUUGGGAGAGUGUGAAGAAGCCACUUACGGAGCUCGCCUCAACCACAGUUCUCAUGGAAAUGGAGGUGGUGCUUCUUCAGCAAACCAUGGAGACUCUGUUGAGGGUCCGAUUCACAAACUUCGCCUAAAACUUCUUAAAAAACUUAAGGCAAAAAAGAAGAAAUUAGCUGCUCUUAUGUCUUCCCCCACAAAUGGCAAACUUCCAAGUGAAAAUUUAGAACACGUGUCCCAUUGCGGGUCUCCAAACGAUGGUGAAUCAAUAGAAGACUUGUUAAAAGAACUACAAUAUCAAAUUGAUAUUGCUGAUAAUAAAUCGGGAGGAACCACCAUUCCUAGUGUUUCCCCAUACAGUAGUCAGACUCACGAAGAAAUUUUAGCAGAAUUAUUGUCUCCUACCACUGUUGUUGCGGCAGAGCUCUCAGAGAACGGGGGGACUGACCUUAGGUAUUUGGAGGUGGGAGACAACCAUACCCCAGUUCCAGUACCUGAUGAAUUAAACGGUCUUCCCCAGAACACACACCUGAGACAGGAACAUAAUUAUUGCAGCCCCACCAAGAAAACUCAGGGCGAAGUGCAGCCAGACCCACUAAGCCAUAAUGCCUGCGUUAGGACAUUGAACUUGGAAAGUUCCAUGAAGACUGAUAUUUUGGAUGACUUUUUUUCCACUUCAGCAUUAAAUUCUUUAGCAAAUGACACAUUAGACUUACCUUAUUUUGAUGAGUAUCUAUUUGAGAAUUGUUGAAUUCUUAUUACUCUUUAGUUUAAUAUUUAUUACUCUCUUGGAAAACCAUACUAUGUUUUUAGGUAGUGUUUAUACACUGGCCUUGUCAUGAACAAAAUGUAAGCUAGUGAAGAUUUUACCUCUGGUUCUGCCCAUACAGCAUGCAAUCUGUUUUAUAAAUUAAAAUGAUCAGCAAUCUGUUCUCCUUGUUGACUUCAUUUUGUACUUGUUUAAAGAACUACAGUAAGGAUUUCUGAACGUUAAAAAGGAAAAGUAGUGUCUAGUUUCUGGCAGUUUGUACGGUUGGGGUCAUUAAAUUUCUAUGUUUUAAAUGUUGGUUCAGGAAAAACACUAGUUUAUACAAACUCAUGAUGUAUGAAUGUGACUUUCACUAAGGUUUUAUGGUUUAUUUAAGAGCCUCAACCUGUUUCUUACACUGGUAGAGUGUUGUGGAAUGUACACUUCCCCCAUACUUUUUCUCUCCUUACAAAGUGUGGCAGGAAACCUUGUUACGAGAACUUUAAGUAAGGGUAGGUGAUCGAUAAAUUAUCUGUAACGGGAAAAAUUAAUCUAUUUUUGUGUUGCCUUGCAAAGACUUGAUGUUAUCAUAAAUAUCUUUCUGCCCAAGACAUUUAUUUCUAUGUCCAAAGCAGGGCACCAGUGUUUAUAAGGCUUGCUGUGUACUGGGUUCUGUUAUAUAUGAAACAUUAAUUCAUUUAAACCAACAUUCCUAUAUGCAAAAUACUUUUACCACAUUUAACGGAUGAAGAAAUAGCACAGAGCUAGUAAGUUGUAGAGCUGGGAUGAGGGGCGUGGUUCCUACAGCAGUUAGAAGGGCUGAACUUGGCAAUGUGUGUUCCAUCUCGCAGGCUUCAUUUAAAGUUGGGGUGCCCGAACAGCACCCCUGCCGUGACAAGUAGUAGCAGUAGUUAACUACCAUUUGAGGGUGGCAGUCUCGGGGUAGAAUACUUUGUCAUGUACGCAGCACUUUAUAAUACUUGUACAAUUCACUCCCAACCCUCCCUUCUUUUCUAAUUACAAAGGUAAUGCAUGUUUAUUGUAAGGAAAAAACUGGGAAAAUAGAGAAAACACCAAGAAGACUUUGGAUCCUCCAUCUUCACACUAAGUGGUAAUACUGCAAACAUUUUCAUAUUUUUAUGCAUAUGGACUGUAAGAAAUAAAAAUGGGUUUGUUAUACCUGUUUGUAUGUUUUUAAUGUUUACUAAGCAUUUUCCCAUCUUAUAGCUUUAGACAACUUUUUGGUGGCCACAUAAUACCACAUGGUAUAGAUUACCAUUGUCUCACCAAUCUUUUUAGAUGAGGAGGUGAUUUGUAACGGUUUGUUAAUUGCGCAGCAGCGAUUAUCAUUGUGAUAAAUUUUUGCACUGAUCCACGUCUUAUUUUCGGGGAGUGGAAUUGCAGGGUCAAAGGAUAUACGCUUUUAAAAAGUCUCUUAUUGAUUGCAUGCUUGGCUUUAUCUAAAACUUAAAAAAACUUAUGCUGCCGAAGGUUUUACCUUUGGGUCUGCUUGAGAGUUGUUGAAUGCUUGUUAACUCUUUUUAAAAGUUUACUAUGUAUUAUUGUCUUGGGAAAACGUGCUGUUUUUAGGUAGUGUUUAUACACUGGCUUUGUCAAGAACAGAUGUUCACGAACCCUCACCAACAGUAGGUAGUAUCCUUGACUGGGAGAACCCUUGGCUGCUGUGCUUACAUUAUCAUGAUUACUAGUGAGGUUGAGGAUUUUCUAUAACUAUUGGCCAGUUGAGCUUCUCUGAGGAAUUGCUUUUCCAUCCUUUGUUACUUUUCAAGUAUCUCUAGGUUUCUGCUAAGAGCCAGUGCAUUGUUGUAAACCCCAGAGAUAAUGCAGUUUAAAAAAAAAAAACACUUUUUUUUUGCCCUUGAGUUUGCCUUCUGAACAAGGAGAUACUUGUAUAACAUGGAAAUAGGACACAGAUACAUACUCGAUUCUUAUCUGUGGUGGUUCUGUAACGUCGCCAUGAACGCCAAAUUAGCAAAUCCUGAACCAUUGCUCCAGAGGAAAUGUUAGAUUCCUAUGAGCCUCUGGUCGCAGCAUUUUUGUCAGCUGAUCAAGGAAUAACCUUGUGGGGCGGACGGGUGGCUCAGUUAGAGCACAAGCUCUGGGCAACGGGGCUGCGGGUUCGAUUCCCACAUGGGCCAGCGAGCU